AUGGCAUUUUGGUUACCUCAAAAUAUACAAAAGCGGCUGUUGCUAUAUGUCCUCCAGCAAAUAUCGCUAUUUUCCAAUAUAGAUCUAUCCAACCUGGAUGUCUCUAUAGGCUCCAAGUCUCAUUUCUCUUUCCAUGAUGUGAAUCUCUCACUCGAUGAUCUAAAUAUCCCGAAUGUGCAAAUAAACGAGGGCAUAGUUGACGAGCUUGUACUAAAGCUAACUGUCUCUGGCGGAGUGGAAAUCGAUGGGUCUGGUUUGAGAUUUGUCAUAACACCUUUAUAUUCCACAGGUUCGCAAGAACUCCCUUCUGACUUUUUAGCUAAAAGCAUUCAUGAUCUUACAAAUUCCAUGCUACAGUUUACCGAUCCCUUGAGCUCGCAAAAUAACAGGUAUAAUGAAGAUGACAUUAGUUCUUCAGAUAGUAGUGGUGAUCUUGGUUCUACUACAGAAACGUCGAAGACGAGUGGAAAUAGUUCUUAUUCACUUCAAAAUAUGCGAAAUAAAGCCCUUAAUGUUGCCCUAGCUAAAUUGAAAAUAGCACUGAAGGAUAUCACGAUAUGUUUUAUAAUGAAUGAAACGGAUCCCUCUCAAAGUAUUGUUGAAGUUCAUCUAGAAAGCAUACAACUCACGACAACGAAUGGAAACUUACGGCAUAUAAAUAUCGGAAACUUAACAGUUUCAUUGGUACAGAAACAAACCGUAUCUAGCGCUUCCUCUCACUCUUCCAAUAAUGAUGAUCUCUCACAAAGUGUUUGUUACUCUAAGAUGGAGGCAACGUCACUCUAUAUGAGUGCCAUGGAAGAGCAAUCAAAUGACGACGACGAAUCUGAAACCACACAGACACAACAAAAUGAUGAUAAGUCCAAGGAAACCCUAAUGGAAAUAAACGAUUUAAAUAUAGCAUUUAAGGGUCUAUCUUCUAUCAAUGAUCUCAAAAUGUAUGACAUCGCUAUAGACAUACAGGAUGUCCAUCUAACGAUAUAUAAAAUCAUUAAAACAAACAACCCCAUUUUGAAAAGUAUCAUGGAGAUCAUUGUCACUCAUUUGGAUAAUAGUGAUGAAGAACCCACAGAAGAUUUACAUGAAGUGCAAAAAACUUCUUUUCUCUCCUCUGUGGAUGUCAAAUGCAUACACUUGAACGUUUCUGAGGGUAUCACAGCAAUCUUGAAAAGUUUUGAAAUGGAACAAAAACUAAAUAGCGUUCUAGCCAUUUCUCUAGGCUCUUUUUAUUCCAAUUCAGCUUCAUUGACAAUUAACCAUAAAACCAAGCCAUUAUUCACCGGUGAACUAACUCCUCUAAAUGUCAGCUUAAAUAUUGCCGAUGAAUUAGAGAUUGCCAUUGACAAGACUGGCAUGACUAAACUACUCAACAUUCAUCAGUUUUUUUCACAAUGCAUGACCAUUUAUCAAAGUAAAUCAAAAAAGCUGGCGCCUAAAAUAACCUCAAAUAUUGCAAGAAAUACAAAAUUAACUUUCAAAGCACUGAAUUUCUCGAUUAAAUUCCCAUACUCUUCAUUAUGUUUCCAGGCCUCACCUUUUACUUACGAUUCUGAAACGUGUGAAUUCCACAUCGAACUGGUAGAAGUAUACAAGAAUUUCCCUUCUCGAUCUCCAAAAGUGUUAACAAUGUCAAAUAUUACAAUUUCCAAUCCGCAAUCCCGUUUGCAGCUGGGAUCAUAUGACGAUACGUUAAAAGAGGCACUAAUAUAUAGUUCCAUUCAUGCCAGCAUCGAAGAGGUAACAGCACAAGAUGAAUAUUUGGGAAUAGUGCAAUUAGUGACAGAUAUCUCUGAGAUUGCAGAACUUUUUACGGAUUUAAGUACUGACCACUCAAGCAGGUCAAAAAGUAAAAGAGGCUCGUAUUUGCAAAGGAGCGUUAGGGUAUUGAAUUCUUCUAGGUUCGUUUACAAACAGAGCACAUCCGCCAUUUUUUCAUUUCAAAUAAAUUCCAUAAGAUUGAAACUAUUGGAUAUUAUAGAACCGCAGUUUGGUUCUAUAGAUGCAUUGCUAUCAAACAACUUCUUUGCAAUUACAGAGGAUUCUCAGAUAGUCUAUUUCUCAAAGAACCUGCUGAUAGAAAGAAAAUCAACAUCACUGGAGGAACCACAAGAAAUUGUGUCAAUGAUCUUAAAUAAAACCGUUCACGAGCCCGUUCUAUAUCUUCAUAGAAGGGCAAACGGAAAGAUUAGAAUAAUUCUUAACAAGAUGCGUAUCCAUUAUUAUGCAAGAUGGUUAGAGAUUUUGAAAAAGAACAUUAACUCGGAUAAUCUCGGUUCAAAAGAUGCAUCAGUAUCUCAAAAGCCUAGUAAAAAUCAAUCAGACUCUGGAUUUCCCUGGGAAUUGAAAUGUCUAGACUGUGCACUAAUUCUACAUCCUUUCAGAUUAAAAAGCGUGAUGGUUAUUGUACUCGAUAACUUGACAUCUAGUGGGAGUUCGUAUAUUCCGCAAGUGAAACUUCUUUCAAAAGUGAAUACGUUAUUUUUGAUAGACGACUACUCAAAUUUUAAAAUCCAAAAGGAUAAGAAUUGGCCCAAUUUAAUAAGUUUCUAUGCCAAUCAAGGCUUCUCGGCAAUUGGAAAAAUAGACACUUUGAAUUUUAUGAUAAACAAAUUUGAUGAAACGCUCUUGUUGGACUGUAAAAUAGGGCAAGUUGGUCUUUCAUUGUGCGCAGAUUYCUUUCAAACUUUUUGUCAGCUUUGCGUCGAUUUGAAGUAUCCACAAACGUUCCCUGAUGAGAAGAAAUUCAAAACAGAGUUGAGAAGUCCCAUUGAUGUAUUCAAAGAUAUUGAUUGCGAUCUCUUCAACUCUGCUUUCAUACUAGAGAAUGAUGGCCUUCAAAAUGAUUAUGAAUCGGUGCAUUUAGUGGAUAGUUUCCUUGAUAAGGCUCAGGAAUUUAACAGCGGUGCCAGGAGUAAACUUUCAUCUCAAGGCUCGCACGAGCCGGAUUCUUCUUCUGGUACUGGAACGGAUGCCAUUCUUCUCCCUCAUGAGAGUUAUUUGGACUCUUCACAAUCAAAGGAUGAUGAUAUUCCAAUAAUGGCCUCGGAAGAGCAAGAAAGAAAUGUAGAUAUAAGAGGUAGUAUUGACAUAGAGAAAGUUAUCGUAAAGCUGUUUGAUGGGUACGAUUGGAAAUACACCCGGAAAUUUAUCACGAAUACCGUUGAUAAAUUGGAUAGAGAACUCAAUGAAGUAGAAGAAAAGGGACCGAAAUCGAAUAUUCAAUCAGAGGCAAACAUUUUUGACUCUAUAUAUAUAUCUGCUAAUAAGAAUAAUGUUUCCGAUUUGAAGAAAAACUUGGAUGGUGAGAUCCAGGGAGUUCAAAAUUCCUUUAUUGACGUAUCCAAAGUUAAUUUGCGACCUUCCAAGCAUUACAAAGCCUUGAUUCAGUUGAACAAAUUGCAGGUGAAUUUGAAGACUUAUCGAGUAGAUGAACCAAAGGAAUCGGAAUCAGAUAAUUCCACGGAUAUUUUGAACAAAUGUGUGAUUUCGGUUUACGAGUUCGAAGUUAUAGAUAAUGUUCCUACAUCGACAUGGAAUAAGUUUGUAACUUUGCUGAAGCAUGAACCAUGGCCCCACAAUUCGCCAAUGUUUCUCAUGAAUCUUGAACUUAUCCGUCCAAUUGACUUUUUGCAAGCGGUGGAAUUAGUGAUGCAACUGAAAAUUGCACCUUUACGGCUGCAUGUGGAUCAGGAUACUUUAGAAUUCCUAAUAAGAUUUGGGGGUUUUAAAGAUAAGAGGUUUGAAUUGAUUGACGAGUAUCCGGACGUUGUAUUUGUUCAAAAAUUUUGCACUAAUUCAAUUAAGCUAAGACUAGAUUAUAAACCAAAGAAAGUCGACUAUGCGGGUUUGAGAUCAGGACAAACUUCAGAACUAAUGAACUUUUUCACGCUUGAUGGGUCCAAGAUUGUUUUGAAAAGCGUCGUGCUAUAUGGAUUGAAUGGAUUUGAUGAAUUAAAUGAUAAAUUGAAGGGUAUCUGGACACCGGAUAUUACUAACAAGCAGUUACCUGGUGUUUUGGAGGGUUUGGCUCCCGUUAGGUCGUUCAUGGCGAUUGGAUCGGGUGUAAAGACGCUAGUUACAGUACUUAUGUCAGAAUAUAAGCAAGAAGGCCAUUUGGGUAAAAGCUUGAAGAAAAGUGGUAACGUCUUUGUGAAAACUACGACUGGAGACUUUAUUAAAUUGGGGGUCAAAUUAACGUCGGGCACUCAAGCAAUUUUAGAGAACACCGAGGAAUUAUUUGGUGGUGUCGGUUCCAAUGGUAGGAUGUACGACGCGUCGAAGGCGGGGUCCAGUGGUGAUGGUGACGAUGAUGCUGCUGCUGUAUUAGAUUUGGACGCGAUAUUGGAAGAGGACCAGUUGGUCGGUAGUAAAUAUUCCAGAAUUAGAGACCAUGAACCCACAGCGGUAGUCAUCGACGUGUCUUCGUCGGGAAACCCGAAUGGGGAGCCCAAGAUAGUGAGUCUAUAUGCGGACCAGCCGUUGGACGUGCCCACGGGCUUGAAAGAGGCGUAUAGUUCACUAGAGAAGCACAUGCACAUUGCUUACGACGCGGUGUGGAGGGCCAAGGGACAGAUGAAGGACGAUAGACGAGGCGGACCCAGUGCCGCAGCGGUUUAUGUUGCGAGGGCGGCACCUGUGGCGAUAAUUCGGCCCUUGAUUGGGGCCACCGAGGCUGUUUCCAAGACUUUGCAAGGGAUUGCUAAUCAAGUGGAUAAGACGCACAAUGAGCAAAUCAACGACAAGUAUAAGUCCAACCGGAUUUGA